UUGCUUAGUUUCUCCAGCGGCUCCUCACUCCCAGUGUAGUGCGAUGUGUGGAGGGGUUACCAUGUUCUCCACGAGGAGCCUGUGCGUGUGGAUUAUGCUGGUGAUGGCCGCUCCAGGAGGGGGGUCCGCCCGGAAGCAGGACGACUCGUUCUUCACGGCCAGUGUGUACCGGGCCAGAUGCGCCUCGCGCUGCCUCAGCCUCCACAUCACGCGCAUCUCCGCGUUCUUCCGCCACUCUCAGAAUAACGGCUCGUUGGUUUGGUGCCAGAAUCACAAGCAGUGCUCCAAGGUAAUUCCCUUUUUAUUGAUUCUUGAAGAUCAGGGGGGGCCAACUAACCGAACACACCGCUUUCAGGUCGCACAGACAGCAACAACACUUCUCCAACAGCUGGCGUGA